GAGGCUGGCUUGACCGCAGUGGGGGAAAAAAACAAAAAACAAAAAAACAACUCCUUUGACUGUACCUAAUUCGAACACGUGCAUCGGUUGCACAUGAUUAAAAUGUGUUAAACUAACAUCUUUGUUUAUUUUCGAGGAGAACAUUACAGCUGUCUAUUGCUUGCCAGCUGGAGGGUCCAAUGUUUGCCCUCAUUUUUGGGUGAAUAAUGUCGCUGGAUUUGCAUAGAUCUACAUGCAUUAUGACGGAGUUUUUUUUUCUCUGAGGUGCUUAUUAAAAUCGGUUUGAGGCUAAUUUCCCCACAUGACAACCCCACGCCUGCCCUCCUGGAGUGAAUUGAUCUCAAGCUCCCUUUUCAACGAUUGGGGGUUGAGGUGGCGUAUCGGGGGAGGGGGGGGGGCACUCCCCACUCCCCCCACCUUUCCCCUCACUCCCUGUGGUGUUUUCCGGGAUGACGCCACCGCCCGCCUCCACUCGAGGUGGACGCACACCCACAAGGGCAGCGGCGGCAGCGAUAUGGCUGAUCACCUCCGACCGGGACGGCUCUGCUCGCGAGCCCAAGUCACGACCGAUCACGUGUGACGGCAACUCAGGCGGUGGGACAAGAAGACUUGCUGGCGCUUUGCUGCGUUUCGCCGCCAAGUAGUUGUCCGGACGUCGUCGCAGUGGCGCGCUCCUCCCCUGCGCGGAUUACCAAACACGAGGGGCGACGAUCGUCUCCUCCAAGCAGCACAAGCACGAGCAGGCCUCCGGGUGCUGGGGUUGCACCUGAGAACAUGGACCGAAUGAAGAUAAUCAAACGGAGGCUGUCCAUGUCUUUACGCAGCGCUCGACCCGUUGACGACUCCCUGUCUGAACUGGCAGAGCAGAUGGCUUUAGAUGAGCCAUCAACAGCCAGGGAUAAUGUGCCGAUGGCGGUGAGCGCCUUGCAUCCUCCCGCCUCCCACAGCGCUCCCUCCUUCCUGCGUCAGUAUGCCGGUCAUCUGGGCCGCACCGCCCUCCGCAGGGAGCCGGGUGGGGGGCUGGAAAGAGACAGAGCCUGUCUAAGCCUCCACAGGACUGGAUCUCUGGGUAUCGUCCACGAGAAUGUGAAGAUGGGCUCAGAUGGCGAGAGCGACCAGGCUUCCGGGACAUCUUCCGAUGAGGUCCAGAGUCCAGUCAGGGUCCGUAUGAGAAACAACCACCAUCGACGGAUCUCUAAUGAGGACAUAAACAAACGUCUGUCUCUCCCAGCUGAUAUCAGGCUACCGGAGGGCUACUUAGAGAAGUUUGCCAUGAACAGCCCGCCCUUUGACAAGCCCAUGAGCCGCAGGCUACGACGCGCUUCAUUGUCUGAAAUUGGCUUCGGGAAACUCGAGACCUACAUCAAACUGGACAAACUGGGGGAGGGAACAUAUGCUACAGUUUUUAAGGGGCGAAGCAAGUUAACAGACAACUUAGUGGCUCUGAAAGAGAUCCGACUGGAACACGAAGAGGGUGCACCGUGCACAGCCAUCAGAGAAGUAUCUCUACUGAAAGACUUGAAGCACGCCAAUAUAGUCACUCUUCAUGACAUUAUCCACACUGACAAGUGCCUGACACUCGUGUUUGAGUAUCUGGAAAAAGAUUUGAAGCAGUACAUGGACGACUGUGGGAGCAUAAUGAGCGUACACAACGUCAAGAUCUUCUUAUUCCAGCUGUUGAGAGGUCUGGCUUACUGCCAUCGAAGGAAGGUCCUCCACAGGGACCUUAAACCCCAGAAUCUGCUCAUCAACGAGAAGGGAGAGCUGAAACUAGCAGAUUUUGGGUUGGCACGGGCCAAGUCUGUCCCCACAAAGACCUACUCAAAUGAAGUAGUGACAUUAUGGUACCGACCUCCAGAUGUGCUUCUAGGCUCCACUGAGUACUCUACGCCCAUAGACAUGUGGGGUGUGGGCUGCAUCUUUUAUGAAAUGAUCACAGGCAGGCCUCUCUUCCCCGGAUCCACCGUGGAGGACGAACUUCACCUCAUAUUCCGCAUCCUCGGCACCCCCACAGAAGAAACUUGGCCUGGCAUCAGCACCAGUGAAGAGUUUAAGACGUAUAAUUUCCCCAAAUACAACGCAGAGCCGCUUGUUAACCACGCUCCGAGGAUAGACAACGACGGUCACGACUUGCUCUCAGUGCUUCUGCAGUUUGAGGCGAAAAAACGAGUGUCGGCCGAGGAUGCUCUCAGGCACGCGUAUUUCAGAACGUUUGGCGAGCAGGUUCAAACCCUGGCUGACACGGCAUCAAUCUUCUCCAUAAAAGGCAUUCAACUUCAGAAAGACCCAGGGAAGAGAUCCUCCGUCUACCCAGAGUCAACGAUGGCCCAUAGGCUAGGCUCUGCGCCCUCGCAGUACUUCCAGAGAGAAGCAGCCAAUCCCAGGCCUCAGAGUCACAAUCUCUCCUCCACAUCCACUGGCUGAGUGGCCGCUACCAUCCUGCUCAGGGAAAGGGCAGACGGCAGAGUGUGUUGUUCUAGCGGUGUCGGAUGGUCCCAGAAGUGAGGAGGUCCACGACUGAAGGAGCAAUUCCAUCAGAGACAAACAUUCAGCGACCACACCACGCGCACUGAAGGAGCGACACACUCUCACUUUGAUGAAGAAAAUUAUUCACGCGUCCGCAUAGAAACAUCAACUGAACUCAACAGAUUUUGGGACUGAAGAAUUCAGACAUGACUAAAGAAUAAUGCUCUCCCCUUGAGACAGACAAAAAAAAAAAAAAAAAAAAAAAAAAAAAAAAGAUGAAUUCGAAGAAAUGUGUGUGACCACAAGAGAGGAAAGUGGGAGCGCUCGUGAGUCUCCUUGCUGCUAAUUACCGCUGCCGUCCAGACGGGGGCAGUGUCGAUGUGGGCCGAAACAGAACGCGAACUGUGAAGAAGAUGGAGUGGCAGUGUGGCCUGAUUCAAAUGAACUUCAUCACUCUUCAGUCUGUGGAACUUGUGCUGUACAUAAACAGACUGAGCCUCAAUCCAAACUCGACACAUUGCACCUCACCUUGGCCCUUUAUUAUAUGAUCUGUAAAGCACGCACGCGUGCACAUACACACACACACACACACAUACACACACACGAGCUUCAUUCUCUAGCUCCAUAGCUCUCGCUUUUGCGCACACACAAACACUACCCCUUAUGUUUCACUUGAAAGUAUGGUUGUGUGUGAGUGUGUGUGUGUGUGUGUGUGUGCGUGCGUGCGUGCGUGUGUCGGUAUCAAUGGCGUUUACGGAGAUGAACUUUAGCACCUUAUUGUCCGCUAGAGGUCAGGGACGUUGUACUUUACCUCAUGCGUCAAGAGUUAGGCUACGAUCUAAAUGGAAUCGAAUCGAAAUGACAAACCGAAAAGAAAAAAAAACGAAAAAAAAAAAACACUAAUCAUUGGGAAAAACUUGGCGGA